AUGGCGUCUCUUCUCAAAUGGGCGCGCACCCUCAGCCGGCGAACCCCUUUGGUGCCUCUACAGUUUCCUGCGUCCGGAUUCGAGGUCGUGCCUGAAUCCGAAAUUCUUGAAGAGGAGCAAUUCGAAGAGUCUUCAAACGCGCGCCAGUACUACCCAGUCAAAAUUGGCGACAUCUACGCCCGAAAAUAUCAGAUUCUGGGAAAACUAGGCUUCGGGACGACAUCUACGGUGUGGUUGGCCCGACACCUCCAAGAGGAGUUUCAGAUCUAUGAUCAGAUCAGGAGGGUUGGCAACCCGUCACAUCCGGGGUAUCCUCACGUCAGGACAGCAUCAGACAUGUUCAUGCUUCCAAGCCCAUAUGUGGAAGCCGGGGGGAGUGUUGUGGUCGAGCACCACUGCCUCGUCCAGGAACCCAUGUGGGACAGCUGGAAGGAUCUCCUCACCCGCAACCCGGCGGAACGGUUCACCGAGGAUCUGCUCAAGGCCGGGCUGCGGCAGGUCCUUCUGGCGAUUGACUUUUUGAAUACGGAGUGCAGUUUGGUGCAUACGAACAUCAAAUCCGACAACAUUCUGCAAGGGAUUGCCGACAAGCGCAUCCUUGAAGCAUUUACCAAUGCCGAGCUGGCAGUGCCCUCUGCCUGGAAGGUAGUCAACGGACACACGAUCAACAGGCCCCGGCAGCUCGAGCUCCCACAGCAAUUCGGCGACGCCGUCCUUGGCGACCUCGGAUCGGCGGUGAGGGGGGAUGAGAAGCGCAACGACGACGCACAGCCGCAGGUGUACAGGUCACCCGAGACGAUGCUGGAGGUCGAGUGGAGCUAUCCAGUAGACAUAUGGAAUGUGGGUUGUAUGAUUUGGGAUUUGUUCGAGGGAAGACAUCUAUUCCACGGAGAAGAUCCGGAUGGCAAAGGAUAUUCGACCCGCGCCCACCUCGCCGAGCUGAUGGCGCUGCUUGGCCUGCCACCACUGGAUUUGAUCAAGCGGGGUGCUCGCAGUGAUGAGUUCUUCACCAAAGACGGCAAGUGGCGGAAUGAGGUUCCUAUCCCGAAAGCCACCACCCUUGAAGAAAAUGAAUACUUUCUUGAAGGACCCAUGGCUCAACAGUCCCCGAACAGGCACUAG